AUGAAGGGCUUCACGAAGGCUAUCAAGCGUACGCCGCACCUGGUCACGACCAAGGUCGGCAUGUCCAAGAAGUCUGCCGAUCCAGAAUUCGACGAUUACCAGCGCAAUUUCACCGUCCUUGAGGGCGCUACCGAGAAGUUCCUCAAGGAUACCAAGGCAUUCUCAGACGCCGUGAACUCACUUUUCACGAACGGUACCAACUUUGCUCAACAUUUCGCCACCAUCUUCCAACCCAUCGCUCCGGAAUAUGACAUCCUCUCCAAACACCCUAACUGCGCCCACACUCUCAACAACGUCGACGGAUAUCAGGCCGCUCUCGAUGAACUUCGUACAACCAUAUACCCCGAACUCGAACUCAUUGAUAGCAGAGUCGUUGGUCCCGUGAAGGAGCUGCAGCAGGUGUUGAAGACUAUCAGAAAGAUGAUAACGAAGCGGGAACAUAAGCUGACAGAUUAUGAUCGGUUUAACAACUCGUUGACGAAGCUUCGUGACAAGAAAGAGAAGUCUCUCAGCGACGAGAAGAACUUAUUCAAGCUUGAGCAAGACUUCGAGAUCGCCUCGAACGAAUACGAAUACAUCAAUACCGCGAUGAAGCAGGACAUGCCACGCUUCAUGGUCCUCGCAACUCGUUUCAUUGAUCCUCUUUUCCACUCUUUCUUCUACAUGCAACUCAACAUCUACUACAUGCUCCUCGAGAAGCUAAGUGGUUUCGCUGAAGGCAAAUACGACAUCACCGUCUCAGCCGCCCAGAUCGCCGAAGAAUACGAGGGGAAACGUACCGAAUCCUGGCAGACCAUCGAAGAGCUGAACAUCACCCAGCGAAUAGUUUCCACCAGUAAGAUGGUCCAACAGCAACGCCUCACCUCUGGCAGCUCCUCCCAACUCGGUCGUACCACCUCAACUUCCACAACAUCCUCACGCGUGCCACCGCCUGCUUCCGGUUCCUUCCAGAAGAAAGCCCCGCCCCCGCCACCCUCGUCCUCCUCAAGCUUCAAAGCGAAAUCCCCCGUUCCGCCGUCCUCGCCUCCCGCCCCCGCUGCUCCUCCGCCAUACUCACCAUCGACGAACGGCACCGCAGCCGCAGCGGCUGCUGCUGCUAAGCGCGCGCCACCUCCACCGCCUCCGUUGAAGUCGAAGCCGAAGCCGGCAGUGCAAUACGUCGUGGCGCUGUAUGACUUCGCCGCGCAGGCGGACGGAGAUCUGGAUUUCAAGGUUGGGGACAGGAUCGAGGUCGUGGAGAGGACGGAUAGCGCGGAAGAUUGGUGGACGGGGAGGUUGGAAGGGCGACAGGGUGUUUUCCCUGGUAACUACGUUCAAGAUGCGUGA